AUGUCCCCCCGGCGCGACAUAGAAGAGGAGGCGUACGUCCCGACGCUGCUCUCGUCGGACGCCAACGGCGCGAGCGGCGUCCCCGCUCCAGGCUAUUACGACGAGAAGGCCGUCGACAAGGCGUCUCUCUCGGACAAGAACGUAGACCUCGACGACGACAUGGAGAAGAACGUCCCCGUCGCGAGCGACGACGGCGACGAAGCCAAGCCCCUCAACCCCGACGGCAUCGACGAGCGUGUCGAGUUCUCCCCGCACGGCGCAUACAAGCUCGACUACUCUGGCCCCCAGUCCCCGUUCCCAGAGGUCGCGGCAUGCGUGUCCCUCGAGGACGACGAGACGGACAGGGUGAACCACUUCCGCAUGUGGUUCCUCCUGCACAUCUUUGUGAUUCUGUUCGGGUGCGCUAAUACGUUCUUCGGGCAGCGAUGGCCGUCCCUCUCGCUCCAUUACGAGGUCGCGCAGCUCCUCGUCUUCCCCAUCGGUAAAGCGUGGGAGCGCUUCGUGCCGCACUGGCGCAUCGGGUUCGGGCGGUUCAGCUUCGCGCUCAACCCGGGCAAGUUUAACAAGAAGGAGCAUACCGUGAUUCUUUGUUGCGUCUCCGUCACGCUCAACAUCUACCGCUCGACCCUCGUGACCCUCUGGUCGCCCAAGUUCUUCGGGCUCAACUGGUCCCCCGCGUGGGGGUUCCUCUGGCUCCUGACGUCCACAAUGCUGGGCUUCGGCCUGGCCGGCAUGGCACGGCGCUGGCUAGUGUACCCGGGUAACAUGAUCUGGCCGAAGACGCUUGCGUCGGCGGUGCUCAUGCGCGCGCUGCACGAGGAGAACAACUUCAAGGGCAAGGUCCACGGGUGGGGGCUGAGCAGGUACCGCUUCUUCCUCGUCUUCGUGCUCUUCUCCUUUGUGCUCUUCUGGUUCCCCGGCUAUAUCGCUACUUGCCUCAGCAGCUUUGCGUUCCUCACCUGGAUCUUUCCCAACAACCAGAAGGUCAACACCAUCUUCGGGACCAAGACUGGCCUGGGGCUCCUGCCCAUCUCGCUCGACUGGACGAUGUUCAACUAUGUCGGCUCGCCCCUGUCCACCCCGUUCUACAUCAACGCCAACUGGUUCUUCAACAUCGCGCUCUUCUACCUCAUCAUCGCGCCCAUCCUGUACUACAAGGACGUGUGGUUCUCCGGCCAUCUCCCCAUGUUGUCGUCGGGCCUCUUUGACAACACGGGUGCGCCGUACAACGUCUCGCGCGUCCUCGACCCCGUGACCAACCGGUUCAACGAGGCGGGCUACCGCGCCUACUCGCCCAUCUACCUCUCCAUGUCGUACACCCUGUCCUACGCCCUGUCCUUCGCGGCAGUGUCGUCCGUGCUCGUCUACACCGUCCUGUACAAUGGUAAGGAGAUCAUCUCGCGCCUCCGCAAGAGCGACAAGGAGACAGAGGAUGUGCACAAGCGCAUGAUGAACAAGUACAUCAACGUCCCCGACUGGUGGUACCUCGUACUCGACAUCAUCAUGCUGGGUGCUGGCAUUUUCCUCACUCGCUUCUGGCCGUCCGACCUCCCAGUGUGGGGCUUCAUCGGGUGCUGGGUCGUCGGUAUCAUCCUCAUCAUCCCACAGGGCAUGCUCGAGGGCAUCUCCAACACACGCGUGUACUUUGAGAUCUUGGCCGAUCUGAUCGCAGGAUACCUCUGGCCCGGCAAGCCGCUGGCCAAUCUCUACGUUGACUGUUUCGGCAACCAACUCGUCAAGGUCGCCCUCGACUUCUCCACCGACAUGAAGCUCGGCCAGUACAUGAAGGUCCCGCCCAGGACCCUCUUCUUCGCACAGGCCUACUCUGUAUUCCUGGCUGCUGCUUCCCAGACUGGCGUUAUUCGCUGGAUGCUGGGUCACAUUGACGACUUUUGCAGCCCCAGCCAGAAAGGUCACUUCAUCUGCGCAUCACCUCGCGUUCGGUACAAUAGUACGAUUAUUUGGGGCACAGUGGGACCUCGUAUUCUCUUCGGGCCCAACUCAGAGUACCGCCAUCUGUACUGGUUCUUCCUCAUCGGGCCCGUGGUGACGGUCCUCGUGUGGCUGGCGUGGCGCCGCUGGCCCAACUCGUUCCUCGCCAAGGUCAACAUCCCGCUGCUGUUCAACUCGGCCGGCUGGAUCCCGCCAGCCACGACGACAAUGUACAGCCUGACCUUCAUCCUGGGGUUCCUGUUCAACUUUGUCAUUCGGCGCCGCUACUUCGCCUGGUGGAAGCGGUACAACUACCUCCUCCAAGCGGCGAUGGACACGGGCGUCGCCCUCGCCAUCAUCAUCAUCUUCUUCGGGCUGACGUACCACGGCAUCAAGAUCAACUGGGCGCUCAACACCAUCGGCACGACGAACAUGGACGCGAAGGGCACGCCGGCGUACAAGCUCAACGCCGAGCUCGACGCCCUCGUCGAGCAGGUCAACAAGGCCAACCUCGGCAAGAAGUCGUCCAUCGGCUUCGGCUUCGCCCCGCCCCCUCCCUCCACGCUGCGCAGGUACCACAAGGCCGGCGUCGACCUGUCCCAGGGCUACCCGUUCUACCUCGAGCCCGACACCCCCGAGUACGACGAGGCGCAGAAGCGCGGCGCCAACCCGCGCGACGGCAAGCCCUACGCCGACCCGGGCCUCAAGGCCGACCCCGAGAAGAAGGCGCUGUUCGGCGCCGCCAAGAGCGUCAACCAGCUGACCAAGCACAUUGGUACCGAGCUCGUCGGCAUCCAGCUCAAGGAUCUCAACGAGCAGCAGCGUGACGAGCUCGCCCUCCUCGUCGCGGAGCGCGGCGUCGUCUUCUUCCGCGACCAGGACAUCUCGCCGCAGGAGCAGCUCGAGCUCGGCGAGUACCUCGGCGACGGUGCCGUCGCCAACUCGUCCACGGUCGCCUCGGUGCCCGGCACGAACGGCGGCGUCAACAUCAUCUGGGAGACGGCGCGCACGUACAAGCGCUCGUUCCGCCUCCCGUGGCCCGAGUACGACGGGUACCGCGGCCACGGGUGGCAUGUCGACGGCCUCGGCCGCUACAUCCAGGCCGGGUACACCCACCUGCACCAGGACCACGUGCCCGACGACUCGGGCGACACGCUCUGGGCGUCCGGCUACGCGGCGUACGACAUCCUCUCGCCCGGCCUCAAGAAGGUCGUCGACGGCAUCACGGGCAUCUACACCCUCGGCACGGAGAAGGACGAGAGCGGCCGCACGAUCCCCAAGUUUGUCCAUGCGCCGCUCGUCCGCACCCACCCCGUCACGGGCUGGAAGAGCCUGUACCUCUCCGACCGCGGCCUGGUCGGCUUCGAGGACUGGGACAAGAACGAGAGCGACCACCUCCUCAAGUACCUCAUCGACGUGCUCCAGGGCUCGCCAGAGAUCCAGGUCCGCUGGAAGUGGACCCCCGGAGCCAGCGCCAUCUGGGACCAGCGCAACACUGUCCACGCCCCCGUCCGUGACUGGGAGGAGGAGCGCCACGGCACCCGUCCGGACGACGCGGCGCGCGAUCGCCGCCUGCGGUUCCGCCUCGACGCCAUCCUCAUGACGUACACUGCGCUGUCGUACACGCUCAAGUUCCUCGACCAGUCAAACUAUACAUAUGCGUACUCCUCGGGAAUGCAAGAAGACCUCAAGCUCUACGGCAACGAGCUGACCUGGAUGGGCACCAUCUUCUCCAUCGGCUAUAUCCUCGGCACGAUCCCCACGCAGAUCCUCCUGACGUACAUCCGCCCCUCGUACUUCCUCGGCACGGUCGAGAUGAUCUGGGGCGUCUUCGUCCUGUGUAUGGCGGCAGCAAAGCACGUGAACACGAUCUACGCGAUGCGCUUCCUCAUCGGCCUCUUCGAGGCGUCCGCGUACCCGGGCCUCAUCGCCGUCCUGGCAUCGUGGUACACGCCGCGCGAGCUGGGCAAGCGCGUCGCCAUCCUCCAGUCGGCUUCGGCCCUCGGCGCAAUGUGGGCCGGAUACCUCCAAGCUGCGGUCUUCGCGGGUCUGAACGGCGCGCACGGCCUCCCCGGCUGGAAGUGGGGCUUCAUCGUCAACGGUGCGAUCACGAUCCCGGUUGGCCUACUCGGAUACUUCUGCCUGCCCGACUCGCCGGCCAACUCGCGUGCGCGCUGGUUGACACCCAAGGACAUUGAGUACGCCACGAUCCGGAUGGCCCGCGUCGGGCGCGCUCCCGCCAAGGGGCUGAGUCGGGCGACCUUGCGCCGCGUGUUUGGCUCGUGGCACCUCUGGGCCUUUGCCCUCCCCUACGGCUUCUGGGUCAUCAACGGCCAGGCUAUCGGCUUCCUCAUCCUGUGGCUCAAGUCCACCAAGCGCUACUCUAUCGUCAAGAUCAACCUCAUCCCUACUGGAGGCUACGCGCUUGAGAUCGUCACAGCGAUUGGGUUCGCCGCCUUGUCCGACUACCUCGGCGUGCGAUGGCCGGUCAUUGUGUUGACGGGGUUGAUUGGACUGUUCAGCGCCAUUGUGCUGACCGUGUGGAACGUGUCGUUUGGGCUCCAUUUCGCCGCUCAUCUGCUCAUCUUCUCCACCAUCGGCGGCUCGGCACUUAUCCUAACCUGGGUGUCUGAGCUGGUCGGCGACGACGCCGAGGCGCGUAUCCUCAUCGUGGCCAUCCUCAACACGCUGGCCUAUGUGUUCAACGCCGCCUUGCCUUGUGGGUACUCCUCCAUCACGACCCGCGCCGACCUCCUCGCGGUCGAGGACAAGCUGCACCUCAUGCCACCGGAGCGUGCGCGCAAGGUCAUAAAGCAGGUGUACGACAUGCACCGGUACGACCAGAACUUCAACGGCGAGCUGCUUUCGCGCAUCGAGACGUUCCUGUUCGGCAGGGACGACCUCGAGGGCGAGAAGCACGACGAGCUCGUGCGCGAGAUGCAGCUCGAGGCGCUGCUCGUCACUGAGAACUCGCCGUACGCCGAGGUCCGCGCCGUCGUGGAUAACUGGGACGACACGACCCUGCCGAGCUUGACCUUCCGCGUGUGGUUCAUCGGACUCAUCUUCGCCGGCGCCGGCGCUUUCAUCAACCAGCUCUUCUCGAUCCGCCAGCCGGCCGUCUACGUCUCGAGCAACGUCGCGCAGCUGCUUGCGUGGCCUGCGGGCAAGUUUGUCGAGCGUAUCACGCCCCGUGGCACAUUCCUCAACCCCGGUCCUUUCAACAAGAAGGAGCACAUGCUCAUCACCAUCAUGGCCGCCGUCGCGUUCAACACCCCUUACACCAGCUACAUUGUCUUUGCGCAAGCCAUGCCGCAGUACUUCAACCAGUCGUACGCUAGGAAGUACGGCUACCAGAUCCUCAACUCGCUCGGAUCCAACUUUGUGGGGUACGGUCUUGCUGGCCUGACGCGCCGGUUCAUCGUGUUCCCGUCCUUCUGUGUGUGGCCGAGUUCGCUCACCACCCUGGCCAUCAACAAGGCCUUCCACUCGGACGACGCGGGCAGCGUCCCUGGCCCGUUCAACCGCAUCUACUCGAUCUCGCGCAUGAAGUUCUUCCUCAUUGCAUUCGUUUCAAUGUUUGCAUACUGGUGGUUCCCCGGCUUCAUCUUCACCAACCUCUCCGUCUUCAACUGGAUGUCCUGGAUCGCACCGCACAACCAGGUGUACAACAACCUCGUGGGCUUCAACAACGGGCUCGGACUGUUCAACAUCUGGCCCACGUUCGACUACAACAUCCCCUCGUGGAAUGGCUGGACGCCACUCUCGAUCCCCCUCUUCGCCGUCCUCAACCAGUUUGCCGGGCAGUGCCUCGGCGCUGUGAUGAUCCUGGGGAUGUACUACGGGAACGCCUUUGACACGGGCUACUUGCCCAUCAACUCAAACAAGCUCUACGACAACAAGGGCAAGAGGUACAACGUCACGCGCAUCAUCGACGAGAACACUAACUUUGUCGAGGAAAAGUACCAAAAAUACUCGGAGCCUUUCAUGGCCGCGGGCAACCUCACCAUUUACUUCUGGUUCUUCGCAUGCUACUCAGCUACCGUUUCCUACACCUUCCUGUACCACAAACUCGAGGUCGUGAACGGCUUCAAGGGAUUCUGGCGUAUUGUCAAGAAGCAGUUCAACCGCAACAGCGAGGAGCAGGACGAACAGGAGGAGGACCUCGGCCAGGACAUCCACUUCCGACUCAUGAAGGCUUACCCUGAGGUUCCUGAGUGGUGGUAUUUCAUUGUCCUGUGCACUGCGCUCGUUGUCGGCUGCCUCGGUGUCGCCGUCUACCCGACCCACACCACCCCCGCUGUUGUCAUCUACGGUAUCCUCAUGGCUCUCAUUUUCGUCGUCCCCGUGGGCCUCAUCACCGCUGUUACUGGUGUUCAGAUCACCAUGAAUGUGCUUGCUGAAUUUAUCGGUGGUGUCCUCGCCUCUGGCGACGCCCUGGCAGUCAACUACUUCAAGAUGUACGGCUACAUCACCACUGCCCAGGCUGUGUUCUUCGCAUCCGACCUCAAGCUGGCCCACUACACCAAGAUCCCUCCCCGCCACACCUUCUACUGCCAGAUGGUUGCCACUCUCGUGUCCACGUUCAUUUGCACAGCCAUCUUCAACUUCCAGAUGAGCUUCCCCAACGUGUGUACCUCGGACGCCUCCUUCGGCAUGACCUGCCCAGGAGAGAACACCUUCUUCUCUGCGGCGGUUUUCUGGGGCACGCUGGGUCCUACCAAGGUCUUUGGACCGAGGGGUAGAUACAAGUCUCUCCUCAUUGGCUUCCCCGUCGGAGCAGUCCUGCCCUUCAUCACCUUCUAUGCUGCCAAGUGGUUCCCCAAGCAGAAGUGGAUCCGCAACAUCCACCCCGUCAUGUUCUGCGCCGGCGGUCUCCUCUGGUCGCCCUACAGCAUGUCCUACAUGUGGCCCAUGGUUAUGAUCACUUGGUUCUCCUGGGGCUACAUCAAGCCCCGAUACCUCGCCUUCUGGUCCAAGUACAACUACGUCCUUGCCGGUUCCUGGUCUGCGGCCAUUGCCAUCGCUGCCAUUGUCAUCUUCUUCGCCCUCGAGAUCCCCAAUGUCAACCUCGACUGGUGGGGAAACAACCCCCUGCCCGACGACGCUUGCGAGUCGGUCGCGUGCAGGUACCUCCCUAUUCCUGACAAGGGCUACUUCGGCCGCGCUCCGGGCACGUAUGCCUAG